UUUGUAAACGCGGCGGCGACAAAUUAUAUCUUAAGAUGGCCUCAACGAGCUAUUCGCUUAAUUUUGAUAGGUCCAUUGAACCUCGCAGCACGUCCACACCCGUGCAAGCUUCACUAUCGCAGUUGCACAAGGCUCUCAUUGAAUAUGCAACAAUUUCCUCCCGAUUGCUGUUCAUACAAGAUCCUAACGUAUACACUGACUUUCAUCACUCCAACGAAUCAUUUAACGAAUAUUCGAAAGCGGAGCUUUGUGAAAUUAUGCUAAAAUUGAUUUUGCCAAAUGUUCACUUAUACCAAUUGUCGUCGGCAAUAAAGAAUCGUUUGAAAUUGUUGGAAUUGCAUCCGUGCUUUGAACAAACCCACCACGGCUAUCAAUACUCACCAAAUCGUCUCGGCGUUCCAAUCGUCCUACAGCCAACAUGUGAUUUUAACCUGUCGGGAGAACUGCCAACGUUGAUGUCCGAACAGCGUACACAAACAGGUAGCACUACUCUCCAGUUGGAUACACUGAAGCGUACCGGCGAUAGUUCCCAUACCAUUUUACUUGAAGGCCAUGCCCAUGGGCCCAAGUUCGAACUGAGCUUGGACAUUGCAGCACUCCUUUCCGCAAUGCUUUCCAAUGAUUGGGAACUGUCUUCCAACGAAAUGCACCAUGCAUCCAAAAUCAGAAGGCGCUUGCAGCGCGCCAAAUUCAAUUUCCAGGAGACCGGAAAUACAUCGCCAUAUCGUGCAAAUCUCGUGCAACUCGUUGAUAACAUGGAUAUGUUCGAAAAGCUUAAAAAACAUCUGAAUAGAAGCUUUUCUAAUUUGUAA